CGCUGCGGGACAAGCGCGACGUUCUCUCGCCGUGGCCUCUAUGGUUGGAGGCCACUUCCUCUUCAGGCGGAGAAAGCAGCAGCCCACGUGGGUGGCCAGGUAGGUUUGCGCGCUGCCAGGAGGGCAUGCAAUCCUGGACGGGGUUGCUGCAGUUUGGAUAGAGAACAGCUUGGGCAGGGAGGCUGGGCUGCAGAUCUCUCUCUCUCUCCCUCUCUCCCCCCCCCCCCCGUUUUCAGCUGAAUUUCUUACUGGCUCCGCAGACCACAGGGACUAGCAACUUGAACUUUUCUAUUUGCAAAAUCAGGGAGGGAAGGAGGAGCAGAAUUUGCCAAACCCAAACCCAACCUUUCGAGCCUUCAUCCCUGGGGGCAACUGCAAGGGCCUCGCGGUGCUAAUCCUGUGGCAUUGUUGUUGUUUAGUCGUUUAGUCGUGUCCGACUCUUCGUGACCCCCUGGACCAGAGCACGCCAGGCACUCCUGUCUUCCAUUGCCUCCCGCAGUUUCGUCAGACUCAUGCUGGUAGCUUCGAGAACACUGUCCAGCCAUCUCGUCCUCUGUCGUCCCCUUUUCCUUGUGCCCUCCAUCUUUCCCAGUAUCAGGGUCUUUUCCAGGGAGUCUUCUCUUCUCAUGAGGUGGCCAAAGUACUGGAGCCUCAGCUUCACGAUCUGUCCUUCUAGUGAGCACUCAGGGCUGAUUUCCUUCAGAAUGGAUCGGUUUGAUCUUCUUGCAGUCCAUGGGACUCUCAAGAGUCUCCUCCAGCACCAUAAUUCAAAAGCAUCAAUUCUUCGGAGAUCAGCCUUCUUUAUGGUCCAGCUCUCACUUCCAUACAUCACUACUGGGAUCUAGCUGAGGCUUUAGCUGCUGUUAUCCAGGGUGCAGCAAUGACCUUCAGACGUGGGUGGCUUUUAAAAGAUGCUCAGGCAAACCUAGGCUGGAUAUGGAUUGCCAUUUAUUAUGCCACCACCUCAAGGUGGUGUGUGCAUGGCUUUCUCUGCUCUUCCGCUCCCCUUUUUAUCCUCACAACAACCUUGUGAGGUAGGUUAGGAUGAGAGACAGUGAGGUCACUGAGUGGCUGACUGGGGAUUCAAACCCUGGUCUUCUAGAGGCUAGCACUCUAACCAUCACACUACACUGGUUAGCUAAAACAAGUUCUCAUGGUUCUGAAUUAAGGGCUGAUUUAAUAUAGGAAGAUGCUGUGUACGGAGUCAGACCCAUGGCUUGUCUAAUUCAGCCUUGCCUACAUUAACUCACUGUGGUGUUUCAGAUGGUACCCAGAGAUGCCAUGGACUGAAUCUGGGCCCUUCUACAUGGAAGCAGAUGCUCUGCUUUACUAAUACUCAGUGAUGCUCCUACCAUUGCUUUCGGAAUUAUUCAACCCCAAUUGCAAAUCAGGUUUAUUAUCAAAAUUUACAGACUUUCAGCUGUUUGCAAUGAGCACAUAAAACAAAAGCAAUUGAAGUAGCUCAACACAACGGAUGCUUCAAGUGGUUCCCCCAAAUUCAGCUGAAAUUGCUUAGCAAACUGUAGAUGAUUUAUGAGUGAUAAAUAACAAUUCCUGCAUGAACUGCUGGGUGGGGGAGUCAAGGCCAAGUGGAAAAGCCUAGAGCACAUCAGAUCAAAGUUGAUUUGGGGAUUUAUUAUUAUAAUUGUUAUUUUAUAAUUAUUAUGCAUGCUCAGGUAGGGCUUACAAAACAUACCAACUAAUUGCGCAUUUCUCAAAAUAGCUAAAAUACAGAACAAAACUAUGUCAUCAGGCCGUUAAAAUGUAAAUGCCCAUGAUUCAAAUAUAUGAUAAUAUAGCACACCGUUUAAAAGUGGAAACUCUGGGCAGGAGAUAUUGGAAAAAGUUUCUGUUUCAAGAUUUUCCAGAAAGACCACAUAAUCCAUGUUGAUUUAGCAUCUUGGUCCCCCCCCCCCCUUUUAAGGUUGAGAGAAAGGCAUAUUGAACAUCAGAGAUGGCACUUCACCUGUCUUUUAAAUCUGGCCUCUGGGACGCCGCAAGACUGCCCUGCGCCUUUGGAACCAUCCGACGUCUCUCCAUGCGGAGAAAACCUCAGGCGGGGGAGCGCGAGCUUCCUGGUGGGGUGAGCAGCCAAGUGAUUCCUGAUCGUGGGCUUGAAACAGCCAGGGACCAGAGCGAGGCCCAGCCACGUAAACCCUGGAAGGGUCGUGCCCUUCGGAACGAGUUCUGGCGGCAAUUUCGUGCGCAGACCGUGCCGUCUGACAGGGAGGAGCUGAAGAACUUGAGUAACGACGAUUUCCCCGAGAGGAAGAGGAGCCCCCCGCAGAAACCCCUCCCCGUCGAAAGGACCAAAGGCUCAGAGAUCUUGUUUGGGGUUGCUCCCUGCUCCUUGGCUCUGGCCAGAUCCAAGAGGAACUUUUUCCAACUCUUCCUCAAGGCUGGCAAGGGCACUCCAUCGCCUACGCUGGAAGAAUUCUCCCGGCGCGCCAAGGACAGGGGGAUUCCAGUGAAGGUGGUUCAAAGGAAGGUUCUGGAUGGCCUCUGCAAGGGCGGUGUCCAUCAGGGCGUGUGUCUGGAAGCCACGCCCCUCCGUCCCAUUGGUUGGCAGGAGGCACCGCCCCCUGAGGCAGAGGGAGUGGGGUCGCAGCUCCUUUGGCUGGCUUUGGAGGGGAUACAGGACCCCAUGAACCUAGGAGCCGUCUUGCGGUCUGCUCACUUCCUGGGUGUUGACAGGAUUGUGAUGAGUCAACGGAACAGGUAAAAUAGCACCAGGUGAAUUAUUUCAGGCAUGGGCCUGUAGCUCAGGGGCAGAGCAUCUGAAUGCGGGGAGCCAGAUCCUUACCUGCCUAUGUGAUUCAGCACUGGCAUGAGGACUAGAAUCUUAAUUUGUUUUUAGCUGAGCAACCAGAACUCCGGGAUAAAGCAUCUGCUUCGGGGGCAGAAGGUUCAGUCCCCGCCAUCCUGCCUGCCUGCAAUUCCUUAGGAGCAAGUGCCAUUGACCUCGGUGGGGUUUACUUUGGAGCAAUCCUGCGUCAGGCCAACUUGAGCACAGGCUGUGGGUUAGAUGCAGUUUUUCCAUUCUCUCUGCCCCUGCGGAGACAGGUGUUGCUAACAGAACCAGCUUGUGGAGAUCUGCUGGGAAGCAUUUAAUAAUUUUUGCCUCUACCCCGGGCUUCUCUCUUUGUAGCUGUCCCCUGACACCUGUGGUCAGCAAAGCCAGCUCGGGGGCCAUGGAAGUUCUGGACGUAUAUAACACAGAUGAUCUUCAGAGCCUUCUUAAGGUAACACCCCCCACAAACUUUUGCCUGUUUUUCUUUUAAAUUAAUGGUUACAGGCAACUUCCUGUACGCCCAAGGCAUGCACAACCGCACUCAUUGUUGCAAACCUGGACGUGGCGUGAAGAGGGGCAAAAAUGGCGCAGAAAUAGCGUCUGGCAGUCCCAUGAGCCUUUGCACUGUUAUUUGAGGCCUGUGGGAAGUUGGAUUUUAAGCAAGGAAGUUUGGAGAAAGCGCGUGUGGUGGAGUUUGGUGGAUUUUUGGUUUUUCCAGGGUUUCCGGAGGGUGUUUACAGGCCUUUUCGAUGGUGUUCCCAGUAUACGUGAUUUUGCUUAAAUGCACGGUGUCUCAGAAUGUAACCCCCAUGUCAAUGGGGAGUUGCCUCUACAUUUUUAUCUUGCCUUUCCUCCAAGGAGUCAAAGGGGUGAACGUCGUUCUCUCUCCUUCCCCAAUGUAUUCUCACAACAACCCUGUGAGGCAGGGUAGGAUCAGAGACAGAGAAAGGGUCAGUUGGGGAGUUUCAUGAAUCGGUGGGGCUUUGAGGCCUGGUCUCUCAGGUCCAACACUCAGACCCCAGGAGUGACUCUCCUGUAGCGCUCCAGAUGUUGCUGGACGCCAGCUCCCACAAUCCCCGAGCAUUGGCGGUGCUGGGGGGCGGGGGCAUUAAUGGGAGUUGGUGUCCAAUGAUCUCCAGAGAGCUACAGCUUCCCUGACUCUGCUCUGACCACCUUUGCUCUGAUUCAGCAGCAGCACUCCUCUUAAAUUCACACGGUGAGAUUGCUUGCAAGCAAAGCACUGGGAAGGACGCUGGCUUGUCUGCUUUGUAUGCCAAAGGUGCUGGGUUCAAUUCCACAUGGGGCUGGGGGAAAGCCUCAAACCCUGGAGAGCUGCUGCCAGUCAGAGUUGACAACCCUGAGCUAGAUGGACCGAUGGCUUGGCUCGGCUUAAGGCAGCUUUCUGCGAUCCCAUUUUAAACUGCCUUUCAUCCAGAACCAAGGGGACUAGAAUCUUUGUUUCCAAGUUAGAAUGAUCGUAACUCAGUGCUUUGCAUGCAGACGAUCCCAGAUUUAAUUCCUGAUGUUUCUGGGUAGGGCUGAGCAAGGCUCCCUGUCUGAAUCCCUGGGGGGUUGCUGCCGUUCAGAGCAUACUGCGUUGACCCGGAUAGACAAAUGGCCUGACUCUGUAGCAGACAGCUGGUCUCUUAUUCCUUUUGCUCUGAUGCAUUCUAGCGUCUCUUCUGCCUUGCUUGGAAUGGCUGCUGUGCCCCGUUCAGCCACCCAGUGGCAGCAUUGUACAAGCUUUUAAAAAUAAGUUGGAUUUUGCUAGGUUGCCAGCCUGAGGUCCAUACGAAGUGGGGUGUGCACAUAAGAUUGAAAGCUGGGUUUACAAUAGGGUCACCAGACGUCCCCGUUUCCCGGGGGCAGUCCCCGGAUUUGCGAAUAAGUCCCCGGACAAAUGCCAUCCCCGGAAUGUCCCCGGAUUUCAUCUAAUGUCCCCGGGAAAUGCAGCAGCGGCAGUCUCAGCAGCCCGGAGCAGUUGGCUCUGGCUGGCUUCAGGAGCUGCUCAGAAGUCCCCAUAUGAUGUGGUGGUGCAGGGGCUCUCAGAUGCAGCUUCCGGGCUGCCUCCACCUUCCCUGACCCCAGCAACUCAGCUGUGAAGGGAGGCUUCAUGCUGCCGAUCAGAGCUUGUGUGCAAGCAGGAGGGGGCAGGGAUCUCUCAGCUAGGCAAAUGGAAGCCUCCCUUCGCAGCUGAGGGAUCCCUGCCCCCCUCCUGCUUGCACGCAAGUAGGAAUUGGAAUGGGGCUGCUCUGAAAGGCAGUGUGAAGUCUCCCUUCCCAGCUGAGGGAUCUCCCUCUCUCCUGCUUGCACGCAAGUAGGAAUGGGAUUGGGGCUGCUCCGAUGUCAAGGGAGACAUUGCUCUGCCUGACAGAUCCCCGCCCCCUCCUGCUUGCAUGCAAGUAGGAAUGGGGCUGCUCCGAAAGGCAGUGUGAAGUCUACCUUCCUGGCUGAGGGAUCCCCGCUCCCUCCUGCUUGCACGCAAGUAGGAAUGGGAUUGGGGCUGCUCCGAUGGGAAGGGAGACCUCACGCUGCCUGAGCCUCGCUGCCGCCACCACUCUCGGCCCUCCUUCUCCGCCUUCCAUGCCUGACCCACUGCACACCGCUUCCCCACCACCACAGAAGAACCAACAACUCAGGGGCUGCCCAGGCUCAUGGAGAAAGGAGAUAGAAGUCUUGGAGGAAGGCGGUUGAGGUCAGGCGGCUGCUGCCCCUCUGCCACCGCCAUCGCUGCAGCAUCAACGUCCAAGUGUCCCCGGAUUCAUUGGAAAAAAUCUGGUAACCUUAACAAGCUGGGAAAAGGAUGGAAUUUACCUGAUGAGCACCUGCCAGGUGUAUCUGGGCGCAAGGACACACAUGACACAAGCCCGGGACCCGUCUUCCCACCAGUUGGGCAUUGAGUCGGCCAAGAGACGAUUUAAUGCUGGCUGGCCUUUCAGACAAUGAAAGGCAAAUGGCCUAAUUUUUCAGCCGCCUUUUCUCUGCCCCUUUCCUGUGGGUCUGGGGAGCCUCCCCCUCCGAUCUCUGCCAGCUGCCCCGCUCUGGAACGACCCCAUAAAGAGGCCAUUAAGAAGGUGUUGCAACUUAAUUGAAACAUCUGUGUGGACCGCUUCCCUCUACUAUAAAUGUGCAAUUUAUGAACAUUUGGGCCGUUGAGGCGCUCUGUUUAAUUGGGUCCACGUUGGCCGGCUUCACCUUUGCUGCGGAGUGGGCAUAAAUCCCAGCGUCGUUACGGCCUGGAAAUGGCAGGUUUUUCCAGAAAACGAGGCAGAUUUUUCUCCCCCCCCCCAAAAAAAGGGAUUUUGUAGCUGGUUGUGUUGAAAGGAUGAGCUGGGAGCAUGUAUGCAAUAGCAACUUGUUUUCCUGGAUCAGAGCAAAGUCUGUCUGGGAGGGGCUGGACCUGCUUUCCUCUUGAUGUCAUUAGAUUCCACCUCCAGUCAGCCCCAGCCAGCAGGACCAGUGGUUAGAGAUGAUGGGAGUUGUAGUCCGGAAGCACUUGUGCUAAGCUGUUUCUAUGCCCCCCUCUCACAGUAGCUAGAGGCAAGACCUUUCCUAAUUCCCUCCAAGGAGCUCAAGGAGGAGUACAGUGGUACCUUGGGUUAAGAACUUAAUUUGUUCUGGAGGUCCGUUCUUAACCUGAAACUGUUCUUAACCUGAAGCACCACUUUAGCUAAUGGGGCCUCCCGCUGCCACCGCACGAUUUCUGUUCUCAUCCUGAAGCAAAGUUCUUAACCUGAGGUACUAUUUCUGGGUUAGCGGAGUCUGUAACCUGAAGCGUAUGUAACCUGAAGCGUCUGUAACCCGAGGUACCACUGUACGUGGCUCUCCCCCUCCUUGCUUAGUCCCCACAACAACCCUGUGAGGUUGGUUAGGCUGAGAAGCAGUGACUGGUCCUGCCUGUCCCUGCAAGCUUCAUGGCCGAGUGAGGAUUUGAAAAUAAUAAGAAUAAUAAUUAAUAUUAAUAUUAAUGUCUCUGGACAGCUUCCAACAGAAUAUUAAAAACACAAUAAAACAUUAAAAACUUCCCCAAACAGGGCUGUCUUCAGAUGUCUUCUAAAAGUCAGAUUGUUGUUUAUUUCCUUGACAUCUGAUGUGAGGGUGUUCCACAGGGCGGGUGUCACUACCGAGAAGGCCCUCUGCCUGGUUCCCCGUAACCUCGCAGUGAGGGAAACGCCAGAAGGCCCCCGGCGCUGGACCUCAGUGUCUGGGCUGAACGACGCUCCUUCAGGUCUACAGGACCGAGGCUGUUUAGGGCUUUCAAGGUCAGCACCAACACUUUCAAUUGUGCUCGGAAACGUACUGGGAUUUGAACCCUGGCCCUUGCCUGGCACUCUAACCCCAGCUCCACACUGGUGCUCAGUUUGAUGGGUCCUCCACUCCAGCGGCUGGAGAGAGACUCCCAGCUAUCAAGGGAUACUUGGACUUCCUCUGGGUUUGAAUUCCUGGCUGCAAUGGAGGUUGGGCCGCCUCGCACCAGGGAAUAGUUUGUCAGAUGCUUUUGGUUCCGUGUUGAGGUUUCAUUUAUUGUUUUUAACCCGUAGUGCUUCCUGGGAACCCAUGAAGUUUGAGUUUCUGAUUUAAACAGUGAACAAACAGCAAACCAGCACAGAUGUAUCUUUUUUUCCAUAUCAUGGAAGUCAGAAUUUAUACGAAGUAAUCCUCAAGUUUGCCUUUUUCUCUUGCUCCUAACUCACCCCCCUUUUCUUCUGGAAGGCAAAAUCAGAGCAAGGAUGGGAAGUCCUUGGAACAGCUGCCCACACCAAGGACCUGGAUUCUGUCCCCACCGUGAGUUGCUUAGAUUUCCGCUGGAAGGGACCCGCCAUACUGCUGCUAGGUAUGUAACACUGCGGCACUUAAAUUUUCAGGAAGCCCUGUGCAGUGGUACCUCAGAAGUCAAACGUAAUCCGUUCCGGAAGGACGUUCGACUUCCGAAACGGUCGAUAUCCAAAGUGCAGCUUCUUAUUGGCUCUUGCAAUCGGAAGAGCCAACCGGAAGCCGCUUGUCCUCCGCGUCAGAGGUUUGGCUUCCGAAAAAUGUUCGCAAACCGGAACACUUACUUCCAGGUUCAUGGUGUUCGGGAGCAAAGCCGUUUGAGUACCAAGGUACCACUGUAUUGGGAAGUUUUUAAUGUUUCAUGUUUUAUUAUGUUUAUAUUGGUGCUGGAGCAACCCAGCCAGAUGGGUGGGGUAUAAAUAAUAAAGUUGUUGUUGUUUUGGAGGGCCAAACUUUUGCAGAGAAGCUGGCCGUAGCUCAGGGAUAGAACAGGUGCCAGGUUCAAUCCCCAAGUAGGGUUGGGAAUGAUUCCAGGCAGAAAACCCUGGAGAGAGGCUGCCGGUCAGUGUAGACCAUAUGUGUGUGUGGGGAUGGGGAAGGGUUUGCCAACAUGGAAUCUACAGCCGCUAGUGUCUUAUGGCUAUUUCCCUGAGCAACAGCCCUGUGAGGUAAGCUAGGCCAAGAAACAACAAAGCGGUUAAAGAUUCCACCCCCCGCCCUUGUUAGCCGGGUAGCUGGGAGAGGAUUUGAACUCGCCUCCCCCCCCCGCCCCACAUUUACCACGAUACCACAUUGCCUCCAAGACCACAUAGCUUGGAGGUCUUGCGACACCCCUGACAAAUGAAGGAAGGCAGCUAGGAGACUGCAAGGACUUGGGUCCGGGGUGUGCUCCAGUUUUUAUUUUAUUUUAUUUUAUUUGUUUGAUUGAUGUAACCGCCCUUUGUCACAAGAUCUCACGGCCGUCCGCAAGAUAAAAUACGAAGUAAAAGCACAAAUAAGUACAGUGGUACCUCGGGUUAAGAACUUAAUUCGUUCCGGAGGUCCGUUCUUAACCUGAAACUGUUCUUAAGCUGAGGUACCACUUUAGCUAAUGGGACCUCCCGCUGCUGCCACACCGCCGCUGCACAAUUUCUGUUCUCAUCCUGAAGCAAAGUUCUUAACCCGAGGUACUAUUUCUGGGUUAGCGGAGUCUGUAACCUGAAGCAACUGUAACCUGAGGUACCACUGUAGUUGAAACAAAAACAACAAUAUGAUAGCCCCCUUUUCCACAAACGCCAUUUAAAAGUCUGUAAAAUAUUAGUCAACCAAAGGGUUAUUGUGGGAUAUCGUACCAUAGACAGCCCUCCAGACCUUUCUAGACUCUCAACGUCCCUGGCCAUUGGCUGGCCUGGCAGAGGAUGCUGGGAGUUGUAGUUGCACAACCUCUAGAGUCUCACAGACGCGCCACCUCGCCCUGGCUUUACCUGUGCCAUACCAAAGUAUUGUGCACCAACCGUCUGCCAGCCCAUCAAUUUUCGGAAAGCUGAAAGAGAACAGGGAAGAUAUCUUCCCCGCUGUUGUUUAUCUUCAGCACCUGGUUUUUAAGAGAGUGUCUGCAUCCGAGCAUGGAGGGUCCCUCUCAACCCCUAGGGAGGGCCGCCGGUUCCCCUGUGUUACAGGACAGAAAUGCACUUUUUCGCUUCCACCGCCAAGGAGUCUCUCCUGAGUUAUGCGCUGGGGGCUGUUUGCCCGUGGCUGGGAGCAUGAGAGAUGCUUUGGGUUAUUUCUCUGCGGCGGGAAAGGCGGCGGUGCCCCAAUGGUCCCCUUUCCUUUCCUUGCCAGGCUCAUCUUUAACCGAAACGCUGAUUGAAGCCGGGGAGCUGACAGGACGCCGCGGCGUCGCUCCCGGGGCUCGGAUACCUUUUCGAUUACAGGGAGGAAAGAGAUACUGGCAAGUCGGGGGCGGGAAUGAUGAGCUGCGGGGAAAUCCAUCUCCACAACGGGUGGCGGGAUGACGAGCCGGGGACUGCGGUGACAGUCGGGGGCUGUUACUUUGAAGGACGGCUCGGCUCGUCCCUGCGAGGGAACGGAAUCUCUUUCGGCGGAGCGGAGGGGCUCCCGAGAGCGGGCCGGCCUCUUCUCGCCGGCGAUGAUUUCCACUCUCUGUUGAGCGCUUGGCAGAAAAGAGAAAAUUGGACAGGGCAGGGAGCCUGGGAGAUUUGGGGGAGAGGAAGGGGCCUGCGGUUUGCAGAAGUGCGAGGAGAAAGGAGAAUCUGAAAAUUUGGGGCAGUUGGAUGAGGACAGAGCAGGCCCAUCUGCCUGUUAACUGCCCUGAGAUCUUGUGAUGAAGGGCAGCAGAGAAAACUAAUAAAUAAUACUAAUACUAAUACUACAGUGGUACCUUGGGUUACAGACGCUUCAGGUUACAGACGCUUCAGGUUACAGACUCCACUAACCCAGAACUUCGGGUUAAGAACUUUGCUUCAGGAUGAGAACAGAAAUCGUGCUCCGGCGGUGUGGUGGCAGCGGGAGGCCCCAUUAGCUAAAGUGGUGCUUCAGGUUAAGAACAGUUUCAGGUUAAGAACGGACCUCCGGAACGAAUUAAGUACUUAACCCGAGGUACCAAUGUAGUAAUAAUAAAAAUAAUAAAAAUAAUAAAUUUUAUUUAUAUCCUGCCCUCCCCAGCCAAGACCGGGCUCAGGGCGGCUAACACCCAAUAUAAAAACAAUGGAUUGAAAUACAACUUAAAAACAAGAUUAAAAUACAACAUUUAAACAUUAAAAUACAGCCUCAUUUCAAAUCAAAAACUUUUUGGGGGAUGAAAACAUCAAGUCUUCACCAAGGCUAACUAUCCAGACUGGUCCUACAUGGGCCAGGAAAAAGCCAGGGAAGUCCCCAAAUUGGAGUUCCAUCACAGAGGGAGAAAGGAAAAAAGAAAGAGGGGGAGGGAAUCAAGUUAAUUCCAAGACAAAGGCCAUGCGGAACAACUGUGUCUUACAGGCCGUGCGAAAAGAAAUCAGAUCUAGUCUAGCAUACUGAUCUCACAGAGGCAAACUAGAAGCCAACUGUCCCUAAUUGGGAUUCCCCUUGACUGUUUUUCAGAGACAUACUGCCUCUGAGGCGGUGCAUAGCCAUUGUGGAUAGUAGCCAUCGAUAACCCUUUCCUCCAUGAAUUUGUCCCACCCUCUUUUAAAGUCCUCCAAGUUGUUGGCCAUGCCUGCUUCCUGUGGGAGGGAGUUCCGUAGUUGAACUGUGUGAAGAAGUCCCUAAUGUCUGUCCUGGGUAAUUGUAUACACGGGUGGCGCUGUGGGUUAAACCACAGAGCCUAGGACUUGCCGAUCAGAAGGUCGGUGGUUUGAAUCCCUGCUUGGUCCCUGCUCCUGCCAAACUAGCAGUUUUAAAGCACGUCAAAGUGCAGGUAGAUAAAUAGGUACCAUUUACAGAAUGGUAAAUGGCGUUUCCGUGCGCUGCUCUGUUUCGCCAGAAGCGGCUUAGUCAUGCUGGCCACAUGACCUGGAAGCUGUAUGCCAGCUCCCCCAGCCAAUAAAGUGAGAUGAGUGCCGCAACCCCAGAGUCGGCCAUGCCUGGACCUAAUGGUCAGGGGUCCCUUAUCAUGGAGGUGGUGUUGCUAUCUCAUGCUCUGGGACAUUGGCAUGGAUCAUGCCCCCCCCCCCCACAUCUUUUUAAAAAAGCAUCUCAAGUGUUUCUGGUUGGGUGGUCAAUUUGAGGGAGAUUAAAUUGGACGGGAGUGAUCUUGUGUAGGAUAUUGUUGGAGGGGGGGAGAAUAAAUUAAUUUAAGAUGGAUGUUAAUAGAGAGGAUUUGGGGGACGUAACAAAUAAGUGUAAUUGACCUGAUCUGGAGAAGAGGAUCUGUUGGGGAAUUAAUUAGGGGAUAAAUGAAUUGGAAGAAAAAGUGAUCUGGGGUGGCUGUGGCAGGGGGGAACAGGACAAAGUAAUUGAAAAAAUAUUUGAGAGAAUUGCAUAUCGGCUGCCUUGCCUUCUGUGGUGGUUGAAGUUUGGAUCUCAUAUAAAUUCUUUGCAAAGUUGUGUUCUCUGGAUCUAGGCCCCAGAAGCUGUACCCAGAAGCUGUCCAUUCAUUUCAGUGGGUCUGUUCUGAGUAUGAGUUAUGUUGAACUGCAAUCCUAGAUCAUUUUAAAGGAUCUGGCAGCACUUCGGCCAAACUCCAUUGGUCAUUUGUCUCGGGACAAGCGCCCAGAGAAGCAGUUUCUCGUCAGCUGUUUUCCAGUUACCAAAGAGCCUGAUCUUAAUUAUCGCCAACAGCUUCCUGAAACAAAUUCAGCCUCAUCCCAAGUUUAUUUACCUGGGUAUUUCUGCCCUGCCUUUCAGCCCCAAGGGGUUAGCGGUCUUUUUAACAAGAAAACACAAGCCCUGUCUGAUAAAAUCCAUAAUCUAAAAUACAAACACACCCUACUUUAAAAAGAGCCAUGGGGAGUUGAAAAAGGCAACUGAACCAAACUCAUUGCCUGUUAAUCAAACAUGUUGAGAUCAGGUUCAGGGGAUGAAGAUGGUGAUGUUAGGGGAAGAGGACCUAUGAGGGAAGCAUGAUCCAUUUCGUCUGGAGAACACAGAAUCGUAGAGUUGGAAGGAACCCCAGGGGUCAUCUAGUCCAACCCCCUGGAAUGCAGGAAUCACAGCUUGCACGAUAGCCCUUUUUCAAAUAUCUGAAGGGCUGUGGCAUAGAACAAACAUUUAUUUAUUCAGUUUACAUACAGCCCUUCAUUGGUGCCUCUCUCUUUUAUUUCAAUAUCUUUUUGGUUCUGAUUUGCUUUCAGAUAUUUUAAAAAAGAAAAGGCACCAAUGCUAAGCGACAACAUAUCCUCGCACUAAUGAAAUAAAAGCAGCUUUAAUGCAAGAGUCGCCAACUUUUUCAGUCCAUAGGCUUAUUUGGAUUUUUGAGCGAGAGUUUUGGGCUCCCACCUCCUCUGGUCCAUUUCUCCCCUUCCCCUCCUGCGAGUCAGCCCCCACCUUGAAAGAGAGAAUCUUACACACACACACACUGCUUUUCCCAAGAGAUCUGAAUAAAAGUCAGAGCUUGAGGAAGUGGGAAAGAGUGCCACUCUUCCUACUUCUUUCUCCAGCUCUAUGUUUUCUUAAAGGGAUGGAAACAACGUUAUUUAUGUCCAAGGGUGUGGUUUUUGUAUGUGCCCCUCAGAGGCUCCACGAGCACUUAGGGCAAGACCAUGAAAUUAAAAUCCUGGCGUUUUAUUGCCUUGUGUUUUGCCCGUGUGCAGGAAAUGAAGGUUACGGCCUUUCUCCGGGGACUAGAAGCUUGUGCCAAAGGAUGUUGACCAUUUUCCCAGGGCGAGAGCUGCCGCCUGGGAUCGAGUCCUUAAAUGUGUCUGUUGCAGCUGGUAAGCGAUUCCACCUUUGAACUCAUCUCUCCUUGAAGCUUCUUCCUUCCUGAGCAGGAAAGUAAAAUCUUGCCGACUGUUGAAACUCUUCUAACACUUUUUUUGUUGUUCUUUUUCUUUUGAUAAAAUUCUUCUGCAGGAAUCCUCUUGCACUCGAUCUGCAGCCAAAGAGAGAGAGACCCGUGAUGCUUCUAUAAGAAAAACAAAACAAAAACACUGUGCCUUUGAGGAACUCGCCCAGAAGUUCUGAGAUUAGGGGAAGCUGCGUCCGGAAAUUUUCUGGGCCAGAAGGAAAGGAUUGGAACACAGUCCUCUCUUCUACUCUCUUCCACCAGACAGGGUUGGUGGAGCAGCAGGGCCACAAGGCAUCCACAGCUGUUGUGUGACAGAAGGUGUGUAGGUUUGUGUGUGUGUGUGUGUGUGUGAGAGAGAGAGAGAGAGAGAGAGAGAAAGAGAGAGAAUGUGCUCUGCAAGAAUUUUAGUCCUGAUGAUGACUUUAAACUCUAGUGCAUCUCAGUGCGUAGAGUCCAGGCAUGUCCAAAGUCUGUCUCAGGGGCCCAAUCCGGCCCCUGUAGCAGUAUAUUUCCUGGGGUAAAAUCCUAAAAAGCGCACAACUUCAAUCCUAAAAAAGAGCUCAACAACUUUGGGGUACAAUCCUAAAAAAGGUCAACAACUUUGGUUGGCCCUUUGGUCGGUCCUCACGGCCCUUCACUUCAUCAAAUCUGGCCCUAUUUGAAAAAAGUUUGGACACCACUGGACCAAGCAUUGCACACACCUCAUGUAUCUCAGUGGGUAGACCAGGUAUCUCUAAAACCCCCCACGUUACAAUGGCUGCCCAAAUCUCUGGAGUAUUUUGAUCUGUUUGUGCGUUGGCCAGUGGUAGGUGAGCUCAAGCUGGGCAGAGGAAUGACCCCGUCUGAUCCAACCUGCCUCUUUUAGCCUGGCGAAGGUGGUUUUGGAUUCCUCUCCUCUGUAAUCUCAAAGGUGGAGGGGUUCUGGGGUUGAGCAAGGGGUUAAGACUCCAUUGAGUGCAGUGCAAAAUUGCGAGAACACUUUACAGAUAUAGGAAGAUGAGCUACUGAGUCUGGCUAGUGGUCUGCCUAGGCCAGCUUUUCCUUUGCCUCUGGAGUCUUCCCUAUGUAUGGUAUAUCAGAAAAAAUAGAUUCCGUUCUUGGCAACGAGGAUCCAUUUCAGUCAUGUGUACCUUGGCCUGUAGCAAAACUAUUAAAAGAACACAAGCGAAAUGUUUCAUUUGCUUUGCUUUCCCUGUUCUGCAGAAGUCUGGGUUUUUUAAAAAAAAUAAUAAUAAAAAAUAUGUAAUAAUACAGCAUUAUAAAAACCCGGGAAUUGGUUUGAAAUUUCAGUUUCUUAGGAAGGAGGAAGUAUAUUCUUCCCACUAGGUGGUGGUAAAGAUACAGAUUGCGGUUUGCUUCACUAUGGGCAGAAAACAGUUUUAUAGCAAGAUAUCAUUUCAUCCUUUCUUGUUUGCUGGAAGGAAAUGGGAAUAAAAGCCAUUUCUUUAUCCUUGAUACCGAGCUCUGAUUCUCUGUAUUUGUGUAUGUGCGUAUUUUGUAUCUCUCUGCAUGAGAAACCAUUUUUUUAUUAAAAAAAAUGGAAUGUCAUUUUGAGGGCAACGAUUUUAUAUUACUAAUGAUUAUUUGAGAGAUUUCUAAAUGCUUUUCAAGAACCCCCCCCCCAAAAAAAAGUGGUGUAGGAAAUAAACAUGAAAGUAUAG